UUUUUUUUUUUUUCUUUCUUCUUUUUUUAAUUAUAUUUCCUUAUUAUCAUGAGUUUGCAAAUCAACUUUUCAGCACACUCUAAAGAACUAACAGCUGCUCACCAAGCUGUUAUAUCUGAUAAUGAUGACACCAAUUGGUUAAUAUAUGGAUAUGACAAAGGUUCAAAUGACUUGAAGGUGCAAGAUACUGGAAAUGGUGGAUUAGAAGAACUUUACGAUGAAUUUAGUGAUGGCAAAAUACAAUAUGCUUUAGCUCGUGUUAUUGACCCUAAUUCUCAACUACCAAAGUUGGUCUUUAUUGGUUGGUGUGGAACUGGUGUACCUGAAACUCGAAAAGGCUUUUUCAACUCUCAUCUGAGUCAAGUUAGCAAGUUCUUCAAGACUUUCCAUGUACAAAUCAAUGCUCGUGACGAAGCCGAUGUGGAACCUGAUCUCAUCAUGAAGCGUGUCUCUGAAUCAUCUGGUGCCAAUUAUAGUAUUCAUAAGGAAGCUCAACGACCUCAACCAGCUGUGACACCCGUGAAUUCUGUAUAUAAAAAGACUGAAGUACCUGAUAUUGCUGCUAUGCAACGCGAAUCCAUGAAACGUGAAGGGCCUCCUCCACCAGUGGGUACUACUUAUAAACCAAUCCAGACAGCACCAAAACCUCUAGCAAAUCGAUGGGGAGCGGCAACAUCCAAUCACGAUAGUGGGGCUGCAGCUGUGCGUGCGGAACGUGAACGUGCUGAAAAGGAAGCUAGAGAAAGGGAAGAACAAGCGGCUCGUGAACGAGAUGCCAAGGAACGACAACGUGCUUUGGAACAAGAACAUCAAUACAAUGAACAACAAGCGCAACGUGAAGCUGAAGAACAACGACAAGCUGAGGAAUUACAACGUCAACGUCAACAAAAACAGCAAGAAGAGGAAGAGAAAAGACGUCAACAACAAUUGGAAGAAGAACGCCGAAUUCAACAGGCUCAGCAAGCACAACAAGAGGAAGAAAAUCGACGACGACAACAAAUUGAAGAAGAAAAUGAACGUCAAAGACAAAUUCAACAAGCCGCUGCGGAAGAAGAAAGGGAACGACAACGACAACAAGCUGCUGCUGCUGCUGCACAAGAACAAGAACGUCAACGUCAACAUGCUAUUGCCGAAGAACAAGAACGUAAGAGGGUUGAACAAGAACAUGCACGACAAGAAACUGAACGAUUGCAGCGUGAAGAGGAAGAACGACAAGCUGCUAUUGCUGCUGCUGCUGCUGCUAGUGCUUCUGCUCCUGCUACUGGUGCAUCCAACGUCUUAUCUGCUGUGGUUCUUUUUGGUUAUGAUGCCGGUGAAUCGAAUGAAAUGACACUUGUAGAAGGUGAAGUAGUGACUGAAAUUGACCAAGUAGACGAUGGAUGGUGGUUCGGUAUCAGUGAAGAUGGAAAGAAACAAGGUUUAUUCCCUGCCAAUUAUGUACAACUUUUGGAACAAGUACCUGAACAACAACAACAACAACCAGUUCCUUCUGCCAACGUUGAAACUACUCCUUCUCCUGCUGCUCCUCCUGCUCCUACUGGUGAAGAUUUGGGACAUAUUGCUAUUGGAUUAUAUGACUAUGAAGCUGGUGAAGACAAUGAGAUAUCUUUCCAUGAAAAUGACCGUAUUACCCAUAUUGAAUUUGUUAGUGAAGAAUGGUGGCAAGGUAUUGGACCUGAUGGCAAGACAUUAGGCUUAUUCCCCGCAAACUAUGUAGAAUUACAACAAUGAAUCUAGUCUAUAUUAUAUCUUAGCAAUGUAUGAAUAUCAAUCAAUAAAGAAAUCAAUUUUUAUCCUUCCA